AUGGAGAUGAAUGUCGUCUUCAGAUUUCAAGAUGAGUCUGAAAUCGUGAACGAUGGGGUAUCAGCAUUGGAAGCGAAUGCGGAUGAUAAGAAGAAGGUUGCGCACAAGGAUAAAGGGAAGAAAAAUGGAAAAGCUUUGUUCUUGAUUCACCAUUGUGUGGAUCAUAACGUGUUCGAGAAAAUUAUUGAAGAAGAAAUGGAUAAAAAUGUGUGGGACAAGUUAAAAAGCUUAUACGACGAAGAUGAAAAACUAAAAAGGAUGAAGUUGCAGACGUUGAGAAAGAAAUUUGAGAUGACUCAUAUGAAGGUAGAUGAAUUAGUCUCGGAAUAUCGUUCACACGUGGUGUUAUUGAUGAACAAGAUGAAGGCACCACAAGCAAGAUUCACCAAGAAAUCUGGAAAAGAGAAGGCGAAGCAGGGAAAUAAUCUUGCUAGUGAUGAGAAGUUAAGUAAAAAUUCAAAGAAUCAUCCUGAAUCAUCCAAGAAAGGCAUGGGUAACCAGUAUUUUGGGAAGAAAGUUGACAUGAAAGAGGUGCAAUGUUACAAUUGUCAGGAAUUUGGCCAUUAUGCCCAAGACUGUCGAAGAAAUAAGGAAGCACGAGCGAAAGAUAUCGAUGAAGCGCAAUUUGCACAUGCUGGAAAUGAUGACUCUAAUGAUGUGCUACUUAUGACCAACACUCAAUCGAACACUAUGGAAAUCCACAUGUGGUACCUGGAUUUAGGAUGCAACAACUAUAUGACUAGUAAUAAAAUCUGGUUCACCAAGUUAGAUGAAUCAGUUAAGAAGGUGGUAGACACAUCACAUCAGGUGGAAAAAGAGACAUAUUUGUAG